AUGACUUGUUACAUGCACAUUUGUACUUUUCCACUCUCAGGUUGGCCAAACCCCGAAAAUGCGAUCAGCAGCGACUAUAAUUCUUGGAACCCGCUGUUGCCAGACCCUAUCAGCUGUUUCAACUUAUGCGAUCACCACAGCUGUUCACAAAAUAAAGCUCUGGAAAUGUCGUCGGAGAUUCUGCAGCCAUUGAAUCCGGUAGUUCGCCCGAGAUUAGAUCCCCAGUAUAAGAAACUACAUGACACGGUCCUACAAUACAACGAGCCGACCCACCUGAAGGCUUGGAAUCCUUCAACGCGGCAGCCGAGCAGCACAUCGGUGCAAACGGGUCUUCAGCCUGUUGAAGUCCUCGAGGAAAAGGUAAAGCUAGAUGACUUCAACAUCCUUGUCUUAACGCCUCAAGAUGGCAAACCCGAAGACGGCUGGCCAUUCUUUGUCUGGUUUCAUGGCGGCGGUUUCGUUUAUGGAAAUCACUCCAGCGAACUAGACCUUAUUACACGCAUUUGCAAAGAAGCCGGCUGCGUCGUCUUUUCUGUUGACUAUCGUCGGGCUCCCGAAAUCCCGUUCCCUGCCUCAAAUGACGACGCCAUCACGGCCGUGAAAUGGAUCUUUUCCGACGCAGUAAAAAGGUUUUCGUUGCAGUACGACCGAUGGAGCAUAGGUGGUGUCUCUGCGGGGGCACUACUGUCGGUUGCGACGCUUAUUAGCCUUAAAGCGGAGAGCGAAAUUACGAAGCCACUACAACAGAUUCUUAUCGUCCCCGUUGUCGACAAUACGGCCACUCCAGACUCAGAAGCCUGGAAAGUGAAACCACACGCCAUUAUGCCCUCGCCCGAGCGCAUGUUGUGGUACCGCAACUUGUGGCUAGGGAAAACCAACCCUGAUUGGAGCAUAUGCCUGCUACGUUCAUUGCAAUCGCGGAGGAGGACCUACUCGCAGCCGAGGGAAUUGCCUUUGCCAAGCAGCUCAAAGAUGCCGACGUGGAGGUGGAAAUCAUGA